UAUAUCAACUUGCGUCGGACAGAAGUGGGUUUUUAUCUCGAGAACGUUCUCUCCUUGUUCAGUCCAAACAAUCUCACAAACCAUGGGAAAUAAUAAGUCGAGAAUGACAUCGGAUUACCCAAGGGACAUGAUUUUCUACGUUAAGAGGAUUUCAUCGACAUUCCUUGGAAGAGAGAUUACCAAACGAUGUGGAAACGAAGGGCAGCACAACAACCUCGCGGAGAAAGACAAGACCACAUUGAAAUUUCUGCAAGCUGCCAUCUCGUACAUCUCAGAGGCGACCGACAUGGGAGCAGAUCUUUCAAAUGCAGCUUUCAUUUUUUCACAGCCAGGAAGAGAGUUCGUUAUUCAGGCUGGAAAUGGCGACUGGGAGUUCUUUUUUUCAGAGGAUCUUAAUAAUACAAUUCAUGGCCACUGUGUUCGUAAGGGUCCGAAGCAGGCUUCCCGAGGUUUAUGGAGUAGCUACAGUUCCACUGAGAGAACAUCUGGCCCUGCCAAUCGAAACAAUACACCCAGAAAAGCACCAGGUCGAAUAAAUGGUUUGUUGGCCCUGCCAUCUGCUGCCUAGAAAAAUGUUUUACACCUCUACAGAGUAAAAGAUGAAAUUCAAGAAAUGCGCAUAUCAUUACCAGCUUGAUAUUACAAGUGACAAAUGAUUCCAUAAUUUAUCAGGCAAUUGAUUUAAUUUAUCCUGCCGUGAGACAGUCUCCAAUUUUAGUUACUCGAAGGAUCGAGCAUCGGAUGUGUAUGGCCGAUGUUAAGAGCAUUAAUUUGGUAAUACGGAAAACUUACCUUGACUCUCAGGAAAUGAUUGACGCCGGCAUGAUCUGAAAACUUGUCUCGACCACGUCAGCUAAAGCUACCGAGGAUUCAACCUGACAAUAGGGCUGAAUUUGAGCUUUUUAGGCCCGUGUUUAUCAAUCACAGUUUCGUAGACAACGAGAGUCAUUUACUGACUGAAGAGAAGGCGUCCAAUUGGAGAGUAACAAACUGCCUUGAAAUUCAGAUCAUCAAUAGAUUCCCGGCAGUUUGACCUCCAAAUCGGAGCUACGGACAGCUAUACUUACCACUGAUAUUCUGAAAUUGCCUAUGAAAUUUCCCUUGAAGUUGUCCAGCUGACCCGUAAAAAGAUAGCUUGGCAAAAUCCUUCCGAGAAUUAUUACAUGCAGCUUUUGGUUAAGAAGCGUGCGUGAUAGGAAAAGCCGUCUACAGCUCAUAAGGUCAAGUUGGACAAUCGUAACACGACUAAGACGGCUGAACCUUUUGUCCUUUUUGUGGUUAGUGGAGUUUUUCCCCUUUCAAAUUACCUUCAAUUUUUAUUGACCAGGGAAAAAUUUGUUUGAUGAGUCAUUGUGAUGUGGCAUCCCAAACAUGCAAAGAAGACAAAAGAUAUGAAAUCUGGCGAUCAAAGAUUUAUAUAUCUCAUUUACAUUUUAUCAUAUAUCUUAUGACAUAUGACAUUUUAUAUAUGAUAUAUGAUAUCUU